AUGCUCACGGAAAAUUACAAGGAGUUGGCGCUCAAGGCAGAGCGUGUCUACGAAACCUCGCUUGAAAAAGCACUCAAAGUGGCCGAGUUUGACUCCAGCCUCACCGAAAAAUACCAAGCACUUCCAUCAGCUCGAGGCGCAAGUACAAGCGAGUAUGGCUCGCCUGCAAAGCAUCCUUUUGAAGUUUACCUCAAGACGUUACCUCAGUCGAUCUUGGAUAUCACCGAAAAGGACCCCGUUGGCCUCUUGGAAGACUUGAAAACCAAAAAAAUAUCCUGUGUUGAGGUGUUGAAAGCCUACACCGCGGCCGCGAUAGUCGCGUCCAAAUUGACCAAUUGCGUGUACGAAUUCUUGCCCGAUGAAGCAUUGGAGUUUGCUCGUGGUCUAGACAGGGACUAUGAGUCUAAAAAGGGCUUGCCCUUGUAUGGCUUGCCGUUCUCAAUCAAGGAAAUGGUGCCCUUUGUCGGUAAAGCCGUCACGCAUGGAUCGUUGUGCUAUUUGGACAGAGUAGUCGAUUACAACGCUGACAUUGUCAACAUUUUGAUCGAAAAUGGCGCCUACCCCUUUGUUCGAACCACCAACCCUCAGUCGUUGAUGAUGCUUGAGUGUGUUUCGUAUACCCACGGAAGAACCGUCAACACUUUCAACAGCGACUUGACGAGCGGGGGCUCUUCAGGUGGGGAGGGCACUUUGAACGGGUUGUAUGCUAGUCCAUUUGGUCUUGGCAGUGACAUUGGUGGCAGUAUCAGAUCGCCAGCGGCAUUCAAUGGUAUCUACGGGUUGCGGUCGACUUUGGGCAGAUUACCCACGGCCGAUUAUUUUUCGUGUAAUAUCGGCUCGGAGUCGAUCUUAUCUGUCACGGGCCCGCUUUCGAGAUCGCUCGAUACGGUCAACUUGGUGAUGAAGACCGUGAUUGACUCCAAGCCGUGGUUGGUUGACCCCACCUUGGCUCCCGUUGAAUGGAAACCAGAAACCAAGACAAAAUUUCGCAUUGGGAUCAUGACCUCAGACAACAUUGUCAAUCCGUCACCCCCGAUUCAACGUGCCUUGAAAAUAGUCCACCAGAAAAUAGGCAACUUGGCCAACUUUGAGUUGGUGAAGUUUGAACCUUUUGAGCACGAGCGAACGAUGCCGAUUCUCAGUAAGCUCUAUUUCGAGGAUGGAGGACGCGACUUCCAGUCGACGGUAGCGGAAACGGGCGAGCCCAUACUCGAGCAAACAAGCUGGGCCAUUGAUGGAGUCAAGGAUUUGGACAUGCACGAGCAAUGGGAGUGGAACUUGGCAAAACAGAAAUAUAGAAAAGAUUAUUUGAAAUAUUGGAUUGGGUAUACGGACAAGGAAGGGAAUGUGCUCGACGCUGUCAUUGCGCCAGUUUACCCUAACGUGGCUCCAAAGCAUAACAAGGGCAAGUAUUGGAACUAUACAUGUCAAUGGAAUCUCUUGGAUUACCCCGUCUUGGUGUUUCCCGUGACUAUCGUCGACGAGAAAUUGGAUCUACCUAUCAAGGAUUACAAGCCAUUGAACGAGAUGGACGAGUUUCACUAUAAGGAGUACAACGAUCCCAAAUCGUUUGCCAAAGCACCCGUGAACUUGAGCUUGAUAGGGUUGAGAAACACCGACGAGAAAUUGAUUGAAAUUGCCAAGGUCUUGAGAGAGGAAAUCGGUGACAUUUUCGCGGGACAAGACUAA